AUGGCGUCUGAAGAUGCCGUGUACCGCGAGUCGUCGCAGUUCCGCCUGUGGUCCUUCUCCCCAUCCCAGCUCGAGACCCUCCGGGAGCAGACAAACGCGUUAGCCCACGAGAGCAUUGAAGAGCGCCGGCGCGAAACAAGUAACGGUGCCAACGGCAAUGGCAACGGCAGUGGCAACGGCAGCGGCAGCGGUAGCAACGGCGAAGACGACAAAGGCACGCCCUCAGGGUCAGGUUCUACAGUGGUCUACCUUACGCCGGCGGAGGAAAAGAUGCUGCUCGACUUCUACACAGUCGAGCUGCUGCGCGCCGCCAAGUUCACAGAACAGCCGACCGACGUGCAGGCCACAGCCGCCGUCUUUUUCCGGCGCUUUUACAUCACGCACAGCAUCAUGACGUACCCGCCCGCCCAGCUGUUCAAGACGGCCCUCUUUUUCGGUGCCAAGUCCGAGGGCUAUUACCACAAGCUCGACGGCUUUGCCGAAAAGUUCCCCAACACGACAGCCGCCGAUAUUUUGGCCGGCGAGUUUUUGCUGUGCCAGGGCAUCCGCUUUUCCUUUGACGUAAAGCACCCGUUCCGAGCCCUGGAGGGUGCUGUCAUGGAGCUGCGGCGACUUGUCGAUGUGGACGCCCAGACGAGUAAUUCUGCAAACGACGAAGAAGAAAUUUCCGACAGCCGUGUGUCCAAUGCCCACCGCCGCGCCCGCGAGAUCCUCAAGUUCAGCCCGCUCGUCACCGACGCCUACUUCCACUACUCGCCCUCCCAGAUCAUGUUCGCUGCGCUGUGGCUGGCCGACCGUGCACUGGUCGAGCGUCUGCUGCUCGGCGAGACGUUCCACCGCCCCGCCAGCCUGGGCGCCGCGGCGGCGGACGUGGCCACCCCGAUCCUGCCCGGCGGCGGCAGCGCCAACAAAAAGAAAAAGACCGAGGCCGCCGACUGGGAGCGCGUCAACGGCGCCGGCGUGCGCGACCGCGUGCUGAGCACGAUCCAGCGGUGCAGCGAGCUCCUGGCCACCGAGCCGCCCGAGCGGUUCACCGAGUACUGGGGCCAGCCCGAGUCCAACAACAUCAUCAAGCCGCUUCUCAAGAAGCUCAAGCUGUGCCGCGACCCGGACCGCUUCAACCUAGUCGCCCUGCAGCAGGCCAAGAAGGAGGGUGCGGUCAAGUCGUAUGCCAAGACAUCGACGCACGUGGCGGGCGGCAUGGACGACGAUGCCGCCGUGUUUGGCAAGACCCUAGGGACGAUCAGUGGCUCUGAGACAGGAACGAAUACGCCCGACAGUCUGCACGAGGCGAAGCGACGCAAGGUGGCCAAGCUGGAGGAUCCGUUUGGGCCGCCCCUGAAAUGA